AUGGCGAAUAGAACAUUAAAACAGCUUGCGGCACCAGAUUUGAAUCAACAGCCUCUUUGCAUAACUUUUCCUAAUAUUGAAAAUGAUUUUGAAUUAAAAUCUKGAUUAAUACACUUACUUCCUAUUUUUCGUGUAUGUGCAGGUGAAGAUCCUCAUAAACAUUUGAAGGAAUUCCAUAUYGUAUGCUCUSGAAUGAAGCCACAUGGAGUAAYUGAGCAGCAAAUCAACCUUAGAGCUUUUCSCUUUUCUUUAAAGGAUCAAGCAAAAGAUUGRCUUUAUUAUCUACCUUCUGGAUCAAUCACAACAUGGAACAAGAUGAAAAGACUAUUCCUAGAUAAAUUCUUUCCUGCAUCACGAGCUGCAAAUAUUAGAAAGGAAAUUUAUGGAAUCACACAGAUCUCUGGGGAGACAUUGUACGAGUAUUGGGAACGAUUUAAGAGAUUAUGCGCUAGUUUUCCCCAUCAUCAAAUCUCUGAUCAACACCUCAUCCAAUAUUUUUACGAAGGAUUAUUACCAAUGGAUAGGAGUAUGAUCGAUGCAGCUAGUGGAGCAGCUUUGGUAGACAAGACACCAGAAGCAGCCAAGCCACUAAUUUUAAACAUGGCUGAAAACUCCCAACAAUUUGGAUUUAGAACUGGAGGAUCUGUUACACAAGUCAACGAGGUAAGUGAACUUAAAAGUCAAAUUUCCGAUCUAACUACUUUAGUUCGUCAAAUUGCUGUAGGAGAAAAACCACGUGAAAUGUACGCACUUCAAGGAUAUCCUACAAAUACAUUCCCUCAAUUUCAACAAGAUUUCAUUCAAGAGGUCAAGGCUAUAGGGAGAUUUUCUUCUCCACAAAGAAACUAUGAUCCAUACGCCAAUCAUUAUAAUCCUGGAUGGAGAGACCAUCCAAAUCUCAGCUAUGGGAAUCAAAACUUCAUCAGACCACCUCCACCUCCUAUGCAAACUCAAGCUUCAAACUCAGGUAUGUCUCUAGAAGAAAUUGUUAAAAAUCUUGCUAAUAGUACUCUUCAAUUUCAACARGAAACAAGGGUUGGUAUGCAAAAUUUGGGCAACCAAAUUACCCAAUUGGCUACAUCAAUGAGUAGAUUGGAAGCUCAAAGUUCUGGAASAUUACCCUCACAAAUAGAAGUGAAUCCAAAAAWGAAUCAAGUGGAAAAAAUUAGUGCGGUUAUGUUGAGAAAUGAAGARGAUAUCCCUCUAGUAUCAAUUCCACUCAAGCAGAAUGAGUUGAGCGAAGAAAAGAAAGAAACUUCUCCUAACGUAUCAUGCGGAAUAAAUUUUGAUCCUCCUUUAUCUCUUUCAUCUUACACUUCACCACCUCCUUUUCCCAGUAGGUUUAACGAACAAAAAARGAAAGAUAAUGAAAAUGAGAUAGUWGAGGUAUGUAAGAAWCUAUCAACUAUCAUGAAAAAUAACUUACCAGAAAAAUGCGAGGAUCCCGGUAUGUUUUCAUUACCGUGUGUGAUUAAUAAUAACAAAAUUGAACAUGUCAUGUUAGAUUUAGGAGCUUCCAUAAAGAUGAUGGCAUUUUCUAKUUAUCAAGAGUUAAAGUUAAAAGACUCACCAAAGACUGGUGUAGUGGUUCAAUUAUUUGAUCAUUCUUACGUUAACCCACUCGGAGUUGUUAAAGAUAUCUUAGUGCAGGUUAAUAAGCUCGCAUUCCCUGUUGACUUCUAUAUUUUAGAAAUGGAUGGUAACCCUUCAUCAAAGUCAGCCUCCAUUCUGUUGGGACGUCCAUUUAUGAAAUUUGCUAAAACGAAGAUUGAUGUGGAUGGAGGCACUUUUUCAAUAGAAUUAGAUGGAGAUAUUGUAAAAUUUAAUAUUUUCGAUACUAAUGUUGAACAUUCUCUGUAUCGAAAUAACAUGAAUGAUCUAGAUACACAUGAUAUAAUUACAGAGGAAAAUUUUGAUUAUAAGACUAAAGUGAUUAUUAAUGAUAUUGGUGCUGAAGGGUUGACAGAACCAUUAAAUGCUGAAAUUUCUGCCUCAAUUAAUAUGAUGUCACUUUCUAUUGUGCCGUUAGACUUUGGAUGA